CCUCUUGUCACUCUGCUCUCUUUACCCCCUCUAAAACCAUAGUUGUCUGUCAAGGAGCUUUCAAACAUGUCUUCCGCAGCCGUCAUUCCGCCAGGUGGCACCUGGUUUGAUACUAUGAAGAAGUCCUUCGCCGAUGUCCCCAUUGACACCGCGAAUGACAAUGGAAUUGCUACCACCGAAUUCCUUGAGGCUGCUGAGUCCUUGACAACCCUGUUCGAUGUCCUUGGAUCCAAGGCUUUCCUCCCAGUGAAGAGUGAUCUCCUUGGUAACAUUAAGAAGCUCAACGACAGACAACUUGCCGCUCCAGCUGAGUCUGAGACCCUUCAGCAAUUGGUUCUCAAUGAGUUGAAAACCAAGAAGCACACCGCUACAGAGGGGUUGCUUUGGCUAGUCCGUGGCCUAGACUUUACUGCUCAAUCCCUCCGUCAUAACAUUGACAACUCCUCAUCUGAGCUCUCGACAUCCUUCCGCGAAGCCUAUGGCAGCACACUCAAACCCCACCACUCGAUGUUUAUCAAGCCAAUUUUCAGUGCCGCCAUGUCUGCAACUCCGUACCGGAAAGAUUUCUACGCUAAGCUGGGCACAGACCCAGCGCAGGUCAACGCUGCGCUGGAGCGAGAGGUGGCGGCGCUGGAGAAGGUGGUUACAAUCCUGAAAUCCUUCCAGGAGCGCAAGGAGGCAAAGUGGUAGAUUAAUAUAUAUAUAUAUAGAAGAGUGACCCUUUGUGACGGACCUUCCUGUGUUAGAAUUCGGUGACUGCAUUAUUUCCGCAGCGCAGAGCGCGCUGGUUGAACAUAGAUUUGGAGUGUUUGGAGUACCGUCUAUCAGUAAAAUUGCAUAUGGAAAAUUUG